AUGUCUAUGGGAAUCAUCACCAUUAUCCACGCCGUCCUGGCGAUUUUCCUCAUCAUUGAGCUUGGUCUGACGGCAUAUGUUGUCGACAUCAGCAACCCUCGUGGCUGGGGCGAUACCCCUUCGUCGUUUGCCUUUAUGCUCUUCAACUCGGUCUGGUCCAUCAUCAUCCUGUUCUACCUGGCUCUGACGCCCCUCUUCGCCUCCCGCCUCUACCACAGCGUCGCCGCCCUUGGCCUGCUCGCCAUCACCACCAUCUUCUGGUUUGCCGGCUCCAUCGCCAUGGCUGCCAAGAUUGGCGUCCCCGACUGCCACGGCUGGACCCCCUGCCAGUCCGCCCAGGCUGCCGUCGCCUUUGGCUUCUUCAUCUGGGCCAUCUUUACUGGCUUGACUGUCAUGGAGGGCUUGGCUUACAUGCGAUCCCGGGGUCAUGCGGCCCAUGCGGACACCACCAAGCCCGCCAUGAACCAUUACGGUGCUUAA